AGUUAUUCAAGCUGUCAAUCUCAGUAGAAAAUCUGAAAGCUAUUUUGCUUCAACAGAACCAGCAAUUCGAGGCGACACAGCUGCGUAUGAUCGAGGCUUUCACACGUACACUACCGCUCCAGUCUACAUCAGUGUACAAUGCUGAAAAGCCUUCAGUUGAUGCAAUAAUCAUCGGUUUCCUGCAUUGCGCUCUUAACAUGUCCGGUCCGAGAUCUGUCAAAUUGAGAAAGAGCAAGGUCGAAAAUGAGGUUGAAAAAUGCAGAAGUGAGGAGUGCUGGAGUAAAGCUUUAGAAUUGUUGUUACCUCAUAAGAAUGAUUCGGGCCUGGCCUACUUAUAUUCCUUGGUCAUGUGUGAAAACAUUUUGGAAGUGUUCGAGCACGCAUAUAUUUCCGAUGAGGAGAUUGAACGCGCUGGUAUCUUUUUACUGGAAGCCCUAAAAACUCCCGAUGACCAGUAUCUGCUAGAGGCGAACAUUUUACGUGGGAAGUUGCUGUAUAUUGGCAGAGGCUUCGCGGAAUCACUGACACUUUUACAGAAGCUGAAUCUUCCUUCAAUCAGGGCAGAGAACUACAGUUCGCGACAUAUACGACUUGUGAGUGAAGGUUUGGCCAUUAUAGGGGUUUGCCGUGAAGAAUUCGCCAAAAUGUCCCGCAGAUCGUUGUCUGAGAACGAAAGGCUAGAAGCGUUGUCUCAUUACGACCUUUCAUUGGAACUUUGCUGUCGUCAUUUCCAAGAGUUGUACCAAAACAAUUCCGAUCUAUCCUCCGCAGUUGUCAGCUUUCCCAAAGUCGUUUUUAUUGGCAUUCAGCGAUUGUUUACGCUUGUUCGCCAAUUUGGAACUGUUUCCGACGUUGUGGCCAAAUUCCGACACUAUUUACGUUGGGUAGAAACGCCAUCUUCGAAAGCCCUCAGACAAUGGCUCACAUGCCAAUUUGCUGAGGUUUUGUUACGUGGUAUGUGCAUUGGCGAUUAUGAGCAAUAUGACUUAGUUUCGGAUCGGCAACCGGCAACCCAGACGCUCUCCUUGCCUUUGCGAUAUCCGGCCGGUCGAUUUGUCCCAAAUAGCCUAUACUCAGAGGCUAUUUUAAUGUUGUUAAUUUCGGAACAUAUCGCUAGCCAGGAAAUGAUCCUCAAUCGGCCAACCGAGACGUCUGAUGCUCGUUUCAUGCAGUCGCUGAGUAACGCCUCUUCAGUCUAUAACCUGUUGACUAUUAUUCUUUCAAAAACCGGCAGGUUUGGGCUGUUGUCCAAGACUUUGGAGAAGUCUUUAAAGUUUUCCUAUCGCGAGUUCCACAUCUGGUUCCAGUUCGCUUUAUCCCUCAUAAAUUGUAGAAAGUAUUACCGCGCCUACUUGGUACUGCGUGAAUGCUUGCGUUUGAAUCCAGGAAAGUUGUCCAUCUUUUUCCUGGCCAUCUCCCUGUGUUUCGGCCAGCUUGGACUUACCGACGAUGGGAUUGAACUAGCUUCACGUGCUGUCGAGGUGGCCUCCAAACGCAAAGAUUCGGUGAUGUGUGCCAGAGCCCAUCUGAUGCUCGGUUGGGGCUAUUCCCUAUUUGCUCGCAAAUGUCGCAUUGUGGAUAAGAAAAAUGAACUGCAGGUCAAGGCUACCGCGGAGUAUAAAAUGGCCACUGAAUUGGAUCCUGAUGACUAUCUGGCGUGGUAUCAUCUGGCUGUCGAGUUAUCCAUUCAAAGACAACUGGAAGAUGCACUAGCGGCCUGUCAGAGCAGUCUGCGUUUGAUGCCUUCACACGCCAAGACACUUCGCUUGUUGGCUCUUCUGCACACAGCGGGCCGAAAGCGUUUGGACCAAGCAUCCAAAGUUCUUCGCGUUGGCCUGGCAGAUAAACCGAACGACUUCAGCUUACUCUUCCUACUAGCUAAGGUUGAAGCCGUCAGACAUAAUCCAAAAGCUGGCUUAUUGGUGUAUCUGCGUCUUUUGGAGGCCUGGAGAAAUACCUUUUCUCUUGAAGUUAACACCGAACUAGGGGAACGAACACCUACCUCGCUCGUUUACAGCACGACGGAUGGCAUGGAUGAAACUGACCUAGGCAAUCUCUUUGGAGCGAUGCCAACAUUCACGACGGAAGAAGAGAUUAUGCUGCCUGCUGCUACUUUCGAGGCAAAUCCACUGGCCGCUGCGCUAAGUAGCAUUUCAAAUGAGCAAGUCGGUCAGAUCGGGUCUUCGAUUGUUCCCGUACCGAAGCCUUCUAGAUCAACUGCCGCUUCCUUCUCGCCAGCUUUACAAAUGCAAGCUAAAAUUUACCAUGGCCUUGCCGAACUAUACCUGGCCAGUGAUCAGUUAGGAGAAGCAAAAGACGCGUUGGAUGAAGCAGUCAAAAUUACGGGCCUGGAUGUAAAUACUUUGUACCUGCGCGGACGUCUUAUUGAAAAGGAUGGUCAUCUGACAAAAGCUCGUUCCGUUUACGAAAGUGUAAUCGCAGUCCAACCUACACACUUAGCCGCUCAUUUGUCUUUGGCAAAUUUACUUCGGAAAACAAAUCAAGCUGCGCUAGCGGAGCGUGUGGUACGAGAUGCCAUGUACAUCGAUCCAACCAGCUGCCAGGUGUGGCAUCUUCUCGCAGAAGUUCUGGCGUUACCGGGUGCAUCUGAACCGGCUUCAGACGGGGCAGUCACAAAGGCAUUAUUCAACGCUGUUGAGCUUGGACAAACAGAACCCUUAGAACCAUUUUAUCAGCUACCAAUAGGGGUCCAAUGUACGUAACGUUCGAACUGCAAUCAAUUAGAACAUGAAAAUGUUAACAGAUCUUCUCCUUUGCUGCUUAUCGAUUCGGCACAACACGCGACUAAUUUUUCAACAGCUCCGAGUAUUUUUCAAAUACAUUUUUAUUUAUCAUGG